AUGCAACGUGUACUCAGCGCUGAACCACCUAUUAUGAAGAGCUUCUAUAUUAUUCCAAGGAUCCCUGGACGGUUUGUGGGCAUUUGGCCACAGGAAAAACGGCCCUGGUUCAAGAAUUUGAUGUCUGCGUUUGGUUUGAUUGUGGUACUAAUUGGUGCAUGUGGCGAGACUCUCUAUGGUAUUCUCAAUCUGGAUAAUUUAGUAAGUGCACUCGAGGCAUUCUGUCCCGGCACCACAAAAGCCGUCUGUGUGCUAAAAUUGAGCAUAUUCGUUAUAUACCAUCGUCAGUGGUUCGAAUUUGUGAAGAGAUUACGUAAGAUGUUGUGUGCCAACCAAGAUGAUAAAGCUCAACAAAUUCUUAUUGAUGUCUCGACGACAGCAAAUCGAUUCACAUUAUUGCUGUUUACAUCUGGAUUCACAACUGGCACAUGCUUCGUUGUGCUACCCUUGAUCAUGGGCAUUUAUCGAUGGUCUCAGGAUCAACCAAUUCAAAUUCAGCUGCCCUUUAAUAUCAUCCUGCCCGAGUUUGCCACAGAACAUCACUGGUUUCCACUAACCUAUAUGGUGCUGACUGCUUCAAGCUACUGGACCGGAUUCAUCUUUAGUUUUGUGGAUGGUUUCUUUGUGUGUAGCUGCUUGUACAUUAGUGGCAUAUUUCGAGUUGUAAAGCAUGAUAUUCGGUCCGCCUUUGCUGAUCUGGAUGGAGUGGAGUAUUGUACGCCCUCGAUGAAUGCUGGCAUAAGGGUUAAACUUGGCCACAUUAUUGAGCGACACAAUGCGAUUUUUGAUUUGUGCUCAGAGCUAUCGCGCCAGAGUAGCGUUAUUGUCCUGAUGCAUUUCAUUUCAGCCGCUUUUGUGCUCUGCUCGACCAUUUUGGACAUAAUGUUGAACACCUCAUCGCUGAGCGGCUUAACCUACAUUUGCUACAUAGCUGCCGCCCUGACGCAGCUAUUCCUCUACUGCUACGGUGGCAAUCAUGUCAGCGACAGUAGCUUGGAUGUGGCUGCCACAGUCUACGACAUUGAGUGGUACAAAUGCGAUGCGAGGACUAGGAAAAUGAUUUUAAUGAUAUUGCGCCGCUCCCAGCGGGCAAAAACAAUUGCGGUGCCAUUUUUUACACCAUCGCUGCCGGCCUUCAGUUCGAUACUUAGUACAACCGGCUCAUAUAUCACGCUGCUGAAGACGUUUUUGUAAGCUUACGGGGCGUAUGAUUGAUAUGAGGA